CAGGGCGGGCAAGAGCGGGGGGGUGGUUGUCCCGGCUAUAAAGCGUGGCCGCCUCCCGCGGCGCCCGGGACAGCGGGACCCCGGGCGGUCGGACGGGCGGGCGGCGGUCGGAACUUGGGCCGUGCCCGCUAAGAAAUCCGAAGCAGUCCGAUCCCCCAGGGCCGGAGCGGGGGCGGGUGGGGGGGCUCAGGCCCGGGGGAUGCUGGGCUCGGUGAAGAUGGAGGCCCAUGACCUGGCCGAGUGGAGCUACUACCCGGAGGCGGGCGAGGUCUACUCUCCGGUGACUCCAGUGCCCACCAUGGCCCCCCUCAACUCCUACAUGACCCUGAACCCUCUAAGCUCUCCCUACCCCCCUGGGGGGCUCCCCACCUCCCCACUGCCCUCAGGACCCCUGGCACCCCCAGCCCCCACGGGGCCAUUGGGGCCCACCUUCUCAGGUCUGGGUGCCAGCAGUGGUGGAGGCAGCGGUGGCUCAGGGUACGGGGGCCCAGGACCAGGACUGGUGCAUGGGAAGGAGAUGCCAAAAGGGUACCGGCGGCCCCUGGCCCACGCCAAGCCGCCAUAUUCCUACAUCUCGCUCAUCACCAUGGCCAUCCAGCAAGCACCAGGCAAGAUGCUUACGCUGAGCGAGAUCUACCAGUGGAUCAUGGACCUCUUCCCUUACUACCGGGAGAACCAGCAGCGCUGGCAGAACUCCAUCCGCCACUCGCUCUCCUUCAACGACUGCUUCGUCAAGGUGGCGCGCUCCCCAGAUAAGCCAGGCAAGGGCUCCUACUGGGCCCUGCACCCCAGCUCGGGUAACAUGUUUGAGAACGGCUGCUACCUACGCCGCCAGAAGCGCUUCAAGCUGGAGGAGAAGGUGAAGAAAGGCGGCAGUGGGACCACCGCUGCCAGGAACGGUACAGGGUCUGCCACCUCCACCAACACCCCUGCAGCCACAGUCACCUCCCCGCCCCAGCCUCAGCCACCAUCCUCUGAGCCUGAGGCCCAGGGUGGGGAAGAUGUGGGGGCUCUGGAUUGUGGCUCGCCCCCUUCCUCCACAUCCUAUUUCACUGGCCUGGAGCUCCCAGGGGAGCUGAAGCUGGACGUGCCCUACAAUUUCAACCACCCUUUCUCCAUCAACAACCUCAUGUCAGAACAGACACCAGCGCCUCCCAAACUGGACAUGGCAUUUGGGGGUUAUGGGGCUGAGGGCGGGGAGCCUGGGGUCUACUACCAGGGCCUCUAUUCUCGUUCUCUGCUUAAUGCAUCCUAGCAGGGGGUUGGAGACAUAGUGGUGGGGAAUGACUGGAGCUCACACCAUCAGGCUCUUGGAGCCUGAUCCCUGGUGACACUUGGCUUGUCCCAUCAGUCAACAUCUUGGUUGAUCUUUUCCCUUCUGUGAUGAUUGCUGUCUAUAUGGGCAUCGUGUUAAUCCACUGGGUACUGUGAUAACUGCCAUGGACAUCUUGGUGGGCCCUUUGGGUACUGCGAAGACUGCCAUGUUGAUGGAUGUUACUGAUUGGUCCAUUGAGUGCUUUGAUGGCCACCAUCUGGGAUGACAUCCUGGUUGGCCCUUUGAGUGCUGUGACAGACAUCUUCGCUGACCCUUUUUGGAUGUGAUGGCGAUACCAUUUCAAUGACAUCUUCUUUGGCCUAUUGGGUGCUUUGAUGGUCACCGUAUUGGCUGGGUAACAUUAUCCUUGUGCCACUGUGCACCACGAUAGUCACCACAGCCCCGUGGAGAUGGCCAUGUCAUCACCACUCUUUGGUGUGGGUUGGGUGAGGGAUGGAGAUGAGAAUACUCUGAAGCUCAUCGCCCCACUGUGAUCCAGGAGAUGCCAGAAUGGGCUGGUUAGGGUGUGGGGAGUUUCUGCUGAAGUCUGGUUCUUGCCUGGGAAGCGGGAUACUGACUGUGUUUGCCCAUUAAAGGCACUGUUUCCACCUCUU